CCAGCAUGUAGUGGCAGGGUACAGUGAUGGCACCAUCCGCCUGUUCAGCAUUUCCAGGACAGAGAUGGAGCUGAAAAUGCACCCCCAUGCUGCUGCACUCACGGCAAUUACCUACUCCACAGAUGGAGAAAUGAUCUUAUCGGGGGGCAAGGACGGCCUUGUGGCUGUCAGCAGCCCUCGUACUGGAAUGACUAUCCGCAUCCUCGCUGACCACAAAGGGUCCCCCAUCACUGUUCUCCAAUGCACCAGGAAGCAGUACCAUGACUUUGGGGUGGAAGGAGGUGAGCUCUGGCUGGCCACCAGCUUGGACCGGCGCGUCAGCAUCUGGGCCUCCGACUGGCUGAAGGAUAAGUGCGAGCUUCUCGACUGGCUCAGCUUCCCAGCUCCUGCUGGCCCUGAGGGUCUCGGCAGCCUUCUGACCAGCCUGGCUGCUUUCUGCCCUUGGGAACCCGGUACCCUGGUCUACGUUGGCUUUGGGAUGCAGAAGGAAGCCUUGUUUUACAGUCUGCGCAAGAAACAGGUAGUUGAGAAGAUCUCCUUGCCAUACUUCGCCACAUCACUUAGCCUGUCUCCUGCAGCGCGCUUUAUGGCUGUCGGCUUUGGCGAACGGCUCUUGAGGCUGCUGUGGUGCCCCACCAGCGAUGCACAGGACUAUGCUGGCCAUGAUGACACCGUCCACCUCUGCCGCUUUGCCCCCUCUGGCCGCCACCUCCUUACAACCUCCCACAGCGCUGUCCUUGUCUGGGAGUUCACAGGCGGCUGA